AUGGAACCAGAUGAACUAAGAAGAAUUGGAAUAACAAAUUAUUAUAGAUCUGAUAAUUGUUCAAUGCAAAUCAGAGGUCCUAUUCCGUGGCACGAAACAGCUAUUAUUCAAAGAUAUCAGCUAAGACAUAAUUUAUAUAUUUUUAAUGAUUCUAUUUUAAUGUUGAAUAAUAUAUGGAAAAAAUAUUCUAAAGGUUAUAUUUUUCCAAUAGAAGGUUUAAAAAAAGUUGGUUUGCCUAUAAAACCAAGUUCUUUAAAAGAUUUUUUGGAUAAAUCAUGUGAACAAUUUCGGCGCAAAUUAAUAACAGAGUGGAUUGUAGAAUGUGCAGAGUUGUUUCUGAAAACAAAAGACAGUUAUCGAGAUUUUUUUCCAAUGCAUAACAAUAAUGUAACAAAGUAUAAAAUUCAAAAGUUUUUUGACUGUAUUGCAACUAUUAUGUCUAGACAAUUGAGACAAAUUGUAUUUAAGUCUUUGAAACAUUUCAUGAAUAAAAUACUUGAAUACAAGAAUGGAAAUGUAAUAGAUUCUGAAUUUAAAGAAAAAUUGUUCAUAAAUCUGCCGUUUUUUGUUCUACGAGCAGUAGUUCCUUAUCCAAAUUUGAUUCAAAUAUUAUUUGAACCUACGCGUGAAGAAUGUUUAAAUCUUUUAUUGUCAAUCCCGAGAAAAAUAAUUAAAACAGUAGAAGAUAUACCAAGAGUUGAACAAUUGUUAAUGGAAAAAUUCAAAGGUGAUUCUACUAUGGUAUUAAAAAAUAUUCACGAAUCUGAAGAUGCUGUUCAAAAUAUGUUAUUUAAAGAACUCAAUGAGUGGGUCAUCAAGUAUGUGAUUAUUAAUGAAGAUAUUCUUAAGCUUAGAGAUCAAGUGGAAUUGAAUUUAAUGAAAUUAGAUGUAUCUGAGAAUAAAUAG